GAGUCUAUACAAAAAGAAUUUGACUGCGGUUACGGGAAGAGCUCAUCUGUCUUUGAGGCUAACUCGUCCCUGAAGACGCUCUUUGGUCCAUCUUGCCGAAACAGGUGUCAAUAAUAAUAAUAAUAAUAAUAAUGUGUAAUCACGUGCGGGGGAAAAAAGGAGGGGGGGGGGGGGCGGUCUUUUGAUUAAAACAAAUAGCAUGAUAACAAUUUAUAUUAAUUAUAUCUGUUUUAGCUACGUCAUUCUUUUCAUGGUUAGAUAUCAGGUGAACGCAAUCUUUUGAUAAAACAUUUAAAGAUGUCUAGUCUUUAACUGUACAGGUGUCAUCUUACGACAGGGGAAAGGUCCAAAAACCUGUUUACCGGGUUAGGGUUAGGGUUUCGUUCAAGAGUACGAAUGGUCUUGGUCACCUUACAUAACACGAAAACUGUAUUACAGGCGAGGUGUGUCAAAGUAGUGACAAUAACUGACAAACCGUGAAUUAUUAGGGAUUUACAAGCAUAGAUGAUGACAUGCUACAAACAUAGAUGAUGACAUGCUACAAACAUAUAUACUGACAUGCUACAAACAUAGAUGAUGACAUGCUACAAACAUAUGUACUGACAUUCUACAAACAUAGAUGAUGACAUGCUACAAACAUAUAUACUGACAUUCUACAAAUAUAGAUGGUGACAUGCUGCUAACAUACGUGAUAUCCUUUGCAUCAUGUUAUAUUACAUACAUCGCUGGUGUUAUGUAAUGUCAAUAAUUCAUUAAUUGUGACACCUUGCUGACAUCCAUUCUGUCAUUUUACUAAUUUAAAAUAUCAGUCUCAGAUUUACGCUUACUUUCAUAAACUUUUUCACACAAACACGAAUUUACACAAACUUGUUUACACAAACUUGUACACACAAACACGUAUUUACACAAACCUGUUUACACAAACUUGUAACACAAAUACGUAAUUACACAAACACACAUUUGCACAAAAACGUAUUUACACAAACCUGUUUACACAAACUUGUACACACAAAUACGUAUUUACACAAACAAACAUUUGCACAAACACGUAUUUACACAAAUAUGUUUACACAAACUUGUACACACAAACACGUUUUUACACAAACACACAUUUGCACAAACACGUAUUUACACAAACCUGUUUACACUAACUUGUACACACAAAUACGUAUUUACACAAACACACAUUUGCACAAACACGUAUUUACACAAGCAUGUUUACACAAACUUGUACACACAAACACGUUUUUACACAAACCUGUUUACACAAACUUAUACACACAAAUACGUAUUUACACAAACACACAUUUGCACAAACACGUAUUUACAUAAACCUGUUUACACUAACUUGUACACACAAAUGCGUAUUUACACAAACACACAUUUGCACAAACACGUAUUUACACAAACAUGUUUACACAAACUUGUACACACAAACACGUUUUUACACAAACCUGUUUACACAAACUUGUACACACAAAUACGUAUUUACACAAACACACAUUUGCACAAACACGUAUUUACACAAACCUGUUUACACUAACUUGUACACACAAAUACGUAUUUACACAAACACACAUUUGCACUAACACGUAUUUACACAAACAUGUUUACACAAACUUGUACACACAAACACGUUUUUACACAAACCUGUUUACACAAACUUGUACACACAAAUAAGUAUUUACACAAACACACAUUUGCACAAACACGUAUUUACACAAACCUGUUUACACAAACUUGUACACACAAAUUCGUAUUUACACAAACACACAUUUGCACAAACACGUAUUUACACAAACAUGUUUACACAAACUUGUACACACAAACACGUUUUUACACAAACACACAUUUGCACAAACACGUAUUUACACAAACCUGUUUACACAAACUUGUACACACAAAUACGUAUUUACACAAACACACAUUUGCACAAACACGUAUUUACACAAGCAUGUUUACACAAACUUGUACACACAAAUACUUAUUUACACAAACACACAUUUGCACAAACACGUAUUUACACAAACAUGUUUACACAAACUUGUAUACACAAACACGAAUUUACACAAACCUGUUUAUACAAACUUGUACAAACAAACACGUAUUUACACAAACCUGUUUACACAAACUUGUACACACAAAUAAGUAUUUACACAAACACACAUUUGUACAAACACGUAUUUACACAAAUCUGUUUACACAAACUUGUACACACAAAUACGUAUUUACACAAGCAUACAUUUGCACAAACACGUAUUUACACAAACCUGUUUACACAAACUUGUACACACAAAUACGUAUUUACACAAACACACAUUUGCACAAACACGUAUUUACACAAGCAUGUUUACACAAACUUGUACACACAAACACGUAUUUACACAACCUGUUUACACAAACUUGUACACACAAAUACGUAUUUACACAAACACACAUUUGCACAAACACGUAUUUACACAAACCUGUUUACAAAAACUUGUACACACAAAUACGUAUUUACACAAACACACAUUUGCACAAAUACGUAUUUACAAAAGCAUGUUUACACAAACUUGUACACACAAACACGUUUUUACACAAACCUGUUUACACAAACUUGUACACACAAAUACUUAUUUACACAAACCUGUUACACAAACUUGUACACACAAACACGUAUUUACACAAACCUGUUACACAAACUUGUACACACAAACACGUACUUACACAAACCUGUUUACACAAACUUGUAUACAAAAACAAGUAUUUACUCAAAGCUGUUUACACAAACUUGCACACACCAACACGUAUUCUCCAGCAGGAGUUGGUGCAUUAUAUCGUGUAAACCACUGUUUUUGUUUUUAAAACAAUUGAAGUAAAACAGUUCACCAAGAAGUGAUAGUCUUAAAAGCAUGACAAGACUCAAAAUGACAGAGUAAAAUCGAUACAGGCCGGCCAAAAAAAAUGACUUAGUCCUUCAAAACAAUGAUAUGGGGUAGAACAAAGCAGUGGUGGUACAUACAAGAUAUGACAUGGACCAGAAAAAAUGACUCAGUACACACAUAAUGACACAGCAUUUACUGAAUGACAACCUACAUAAAAUAUGAAAUGGAAAAUAAAAAAUGAAUAAGUCCCAAAAACACUGAACAGCUGACAACUGACGUCAUUGACGGAUUCAUUUUGAUCUUCACAGAGAUGGCGACGUUUACUCCCUACGUCAUCGCCCAGAGGACGAAAGUUGUGGCCGUAUCAGUGGUCAUUCUGGCUGUAGCCUGCAUCUGUCAGGUAUGCAGUUGUGGUCAUUUUUGUGGCGGCUUGAAUCUGUCAGGCAGGGCGUCAUUUCAGGGUUUUUUUCUGAGAAAAAAAAAAGAGGGGGGGGAUCAAAACUAGGUCAGCUGGUUAAGUUGUUUAUUACUGGAGGCGCCACAGUACAUAGCAAUUUAAAUAAAAUCUGCAAAUUCAGGGGGAGGGGGGAGGAAGACCAGCAAGCCCCCCCCCCUGCCCUAUCCAAAUGGCGUCCCUGCUGUCAGGUAUGUGGUUGUGGUCAAUUGGGCAGUAGCCUGCAAUCCCUGCACCUGUCAGGUAUAUUGCGAUAUGUUGCGGCCAUUUCAUGUGCAAUUUAUGUUUGUUAGAAUACAGUUCAGCUUUGAGAAUCUAGUCAAGGUUCUGCCUGUGUUCUCGUGUUAGAAAAAUUACUUUUAAGUUGUGUGUUGUUUUACCCAUAUAACAAAAACAUUUUGUAUUGGAAUUGUAAAAACAAGUACGAAAUCGAAACUGAAAUUAUAUUUGUAUUCUUACUGAUGAUAAAUGUUUACAAAUUGUUACAGUUUUUAAUAAACUGCCAGAACUUUCACAAGGAAUGACAGGACAUGUCAAAACAGUGGCAGGGUAUUUUAACAUAGUGACAGAGUAUGUAAAAACAUUGGCAGUGCAUUUUAACAUAGUGAAAGACAUGUAAAAAAAACAGUGACAGCGUGUACUAAACUUCUAUGAUUUAUCUUACAUAUCAAAUUGACAUAUCACAUCACAGAAGUGGUUCCUAGCCGGAGUUUCCCUUCCCUCGUGUAGAUCUAGUGCAGAGGCAUAGUUAGGUUUUAGGGUCACCCGUGAUUGGCCAAGAUUUGUACCAGCCCUCCAAAGAAAAAAAACAAAGCUGUAUUGGUCCAGAUACUAGGUGAAGUUGUGCGAUAUUUUGUUAUUGCGCUCAAAACUUUAGAUCAACUUUACCUAGGUCAUCAUAAAUUAAGGUCAUGGUUGGGGUAAAUUUAAUAUGGCUAAAGCAAUUCUGAGGUCAAAUCAGUUUACAUGGGCGUUUGAAAUUUCGUAGCGUUUGUUUGCUACUGUUUCAGAAAAAGUCCAACAUUCUUGUCACAUCCGUGGCCAACAACGCCUUGUGUGUAAUGCAACUAAAAGCAGAUGGCGCCCUUUCACUAUCGCUGGCAUGUUAACUGGUCUCUUCCUGCAAUCCAUCAACUGAGUCGACCAUCUUGCCUAAGGCGUCUAUCGGUAUCUGCAGGACCGUUGUCAAUAGCUUGCUUUUGCCCGUGCAGAUUGAUUGAUUGAUUGAUUGGAUAUUUAUAUAGCGCUGGUAUCCAUGCCACUUUAGCAUGCUCACUGCGCUCUGAUUUUAUUAAAUCUAUUUAAACAAAAAAAUGUCUUAAAAGGUAUCUUAAAUUAUUUUUUUAACAUUUUCGAUUCCACUCAAAUUGUGAGGCAAACUGUUCCACAAUUUUGGCGCUAUCGCUUCAAUAGAUCAUAGUGGGUGAAUUAGAAGUGAGGAUAUUAAACGAAAGUCGAUUUUCCUGUUUUUAUUUUGAAACAUAUAACCGGUUGAUCAUAAAUUGGUUAUAUAUAUAUAUAUAUUAUAUAUAUAUAUAUACAUUAAUAUUUAAAAUAAAUUAAUAAAUACAGUUAUAAACAAAUAUUAAAUGUAUAUUUAUUAUUAGUAAUACAAUACUUACUUUUUUUUUAAAAUAACGAAAUGAGGAAACUGGAGAAUGCAUAACAUUGGUACGGUAAUCGUUAUUACUUUACGUACUUGAACUUACCGCACUCUGUAUAGAUAUCACUUGACCGUUGUUCAAAACUGGAUGUCACUUGGUUUAUUUUUAUGUUGGAACAGUUGUUAACUUGCAGGCGUUAACUGCACGUUAGAACUGAACAAGUUAGAACUGAACAAGUUAGAACUGAACAAGUUAGAACUGAACAAGUUAGAACUGAACAAGUUAGAACUGAACAAGUUAGAACUGAACAAGUUAGAACUGAACAAGUUAGAACUGAACAAGUUAGAAGUUGACAUUCUUCCAUAAUCCAGACCCCCCCCCCCUCACACACACUUUUAAAGAACGUUAACUAAAAUUUAAAAAUAUUACGUAAAAAGUACAAUUAACUAUAUAAAGUAUAUUAAAAGGACUGAAAAUGCCCCCCUCCCCCCCCCCCCCUCGCUCACAAACUCUCACCAGCCUUAAAAAAACGCAUCUCGGGACGAGCAGUUAAUCUUAUUUUUUAAUAUGGUUAGAGAUUACUUCAGUUAGUUGCUUAGAGAUUACUUCAUUUAUUUGGUUAGAGAUUACUUCAGUUAGUUGGUUAGAGAUUACUUCAGUUAGUUGGUUAGAGAAUACUUCAUUUAGUUGGUUAGAGAUUACUUUAUUUAGUUGGUUAGAGUUUACUUCAUUUAGUUGGUUAGAGAUUACUUCAGUUAGUUGGUUAGAGAUUACUUCAUUUAGUUGGUUAGAGAUUACUUCAUUUAGUUUGUUAGAGAUUACUUCAUUUAGUAGGUUAGAGAUUACUUCAUUUAGUUGGUUAGAGAUUACUUCAUUUAGUAGGUUAGAGAUUAUUUCAUUUAGUUUUUAGAGAUUACUUCAUUUAGUUGGUUAGAGUUUACUUCAUUUAGUAGGUUAGAGAUAACUUCAUUUAGUAGGUUAGAGAUUACUUCAUUUUGUUUGUUAGAGAUUACUUCAUUUAGUAGGUUAGAGAUUACUUCAUUUAGUAGGUUAGAGAUUAUUUCAUUUAGUUGUUUAGAGAUUACUCCAUUUAGUUGGUUAGAGAUUACUUCAUUUAGUUGGUUAGAGAUUACUUCAUUUAGUAGGCUAGAGAUUACUUCAUUCAGUUGGUUAGAGAUUACUUCAUUUAGUUGGUUAGAGAUUUCUUCAUUUAGUUUGUUAGAGAUUACUUCAUUUAGUUGGCUAGAGUCUACUUCAUUUAGUUUGUUAGAGAUUACUUCAUUUAGUUGGCUAGAGUCUACUUCAUUUAGUUGGUUAGAGAUUACUUCAUUUAGUUGGUUAGAGAUUACUUCAUUUAGUUUGUUAGAGAUUACUUCAUUUAGUAGGUAAGAGAUGACUUCAUUUAGUUGUUUAGAGAUUAUUUCAAUUAGUUGGUUAGAGAUUACUUCAUUUAAAAAGGAUAGGUAAUCCAUAAUUGACUGAUGCACAGAUUUCCCUAGUCAGUCUAUUCCCCCCGCCCCAACUACCCACCCACCCAUUUCAUAAUCUACAAUCUGGUUAUUAAAUGGCACUGCACCGAGUAAACGGUUACACAAGCUUCUCUUGUGUUCCGUAUUAAACCAAUUACCAAAAUACCCUAAAUUUAACACAUUUACUUACUUACUUUUGUACCGCCUGGGGCAUAUACCACCAACAAGAGUUUUUCCAUUCAUCAUGGUCUUGUGCUUUCCUUUCCAGUUGCUUCCAGGUGUGUCCUAUACUUUGUGUGUCUGCCUCUAGCUCGCGUCUCCAUGUAUUCUUGGGCUUUCUCCUCUUUCUUUUUCCCAGUGAAAUCUAUGUUAGGGAUUAUCUGUAGAUUUUAUUUGGACAUUGACGAAAUUUUUCCCUAUCCACCUCCAUCUUUACCUUAUGAUGUUUUCAGCAAUAGCCUCCUGGUAUGUCCUUUAUAGUAACUCUUUGUUUGUAAUGAUGUUUGGCAUUUUGUUGGUGUGGAUGAUGUUUAGCCAUUUGAUGUUCAGGAUCUUUAUAAGGCAAGUGUUUACAAAGGUCUGUACUUUCUGCGUGAUGCUCGUUCUUCUCCAAUUUCGGCUCCAUUCAGUGGGACUGUUUUGACUUUUGUGUCGGCUCCAUUGACUCCCAUAUUGUCUUUAAUAGCACACGUGAUAACCUAGUCUUUCCAUUUGUAGCCCUGACAUCAAAUUAGGGUUCACCAUUAAUGUCAAUCGUGCUACAAAUAAAUACGCCUCCACUUUUCCAGCAUACUUCCUACUAAGUAGAUAUGUUCUGAGUUAGUUGAGUUUAUCUUCAUUUUCUUAGUCUUGCUGUUAUUUAUUUUUAGCCCGAGCUGUGCUGAAAUGCUGGCUACAUUUUUUUUGUCUUUCACUGAAUUUUUUGCUGGUUGUGGGACAAAAGUGCAAUAUCAUCUACAAGGACUAGGUCAUCCAGUUGUUCCCAGGGUGUCCUUUUUUUCUCCGUGGAUUCUUUCAUUAUCCAGUCAAUGGCAAGUAUUAAUAUAGGAAGAGGGACAAGAGACAUCAUUGUCUGAAUCUUGUUUCCACGUUAAAGGCAUCUGUGGGUCUAUCUUCAUGUACCACCCUGCUUGUCAUUUCUACAGAACAACUCAGAAUGAUCGUGACAUGUUUCCUGGUACACCAUAAUGCUGAAGAAGUUUCUAAAAGAUUUGGUGGUGCAGGCUUUCAAAUGUCUUUUUUCCAGACAAUAAAAUGAUAUAUUAUGGGGGGUGGGGGGGUCCAUUUGAUGGACCUGUCUACAAUGAUUCGUUGUGUUGCAACUUGAUCUCUGCAUUAUCUAUUUCAGGGGAAGCCAGCCUGUUGAUCUCAUAGCUGCGUGUCGACUUGGUCCUUCAUUCUAUUCAAAAUAACUCUGUUAAAGACCCUUUCCUUGUACUGUCAGCAGUGUAAUUCAUCUGUAAUUUGCACAGUUGCUGAGAUCCCCAUUUUUUUGCUAUUAUCUUGACGAGAUCUCCUUCUUUCCAUUCAUCUGGAACUCUCUCUUCUUCCCAUAUCUUUUCAAACAGAGGGUGCAGCAUGAUGACUAUUGUAUCUAGAUCUGUUCUCAUCAAUUCUCUUGGGGUGUUAUCAGGUCCAAAUACGCUCCUCAAGUUUAAGCUGCCUCAACGCCUGGGCUUUUUGGGCACUAUUUUGGGCACUGUUUUGGGCACUGUUUUGGGCACUAUUUCGGGCAUUAUUUUGGGCACUGUUUUGGGCACUAUUUUGGGCACUGUCUUCUUUUUCAUCUUCUGGUUGCGUAUCCAGUGUGUCUGUGGGUGGAGGUCUGUUUAGUAAUUCCUUUUUUAGUCUUCCACCCAUCUUGUUGUUGAUCGUUCCGUUCCGUCAUUGAUCUACCUUUAGUUUCUUUGUCUCUGUUGGUUUUUGUAUCUUCUUGAGAGCUUUCUUGUUAUGUAAUAGAGAUUUUUAUGUUCCGCUUUCUGGCUGCUUCUUUGGCUGUUGACUGCCACACCAUUCAUGUCAGCUCUUUUAUCCUUUUUAAUACAUUUCCUUAACGUUCCAUUGGAUUCUGUAUAUUUCUCUUGUACAUGUGUUUUCUCUGCAUGCCGUAGUGUUUUUUUUUACCUACUUCAUUUCUCCCCCCACCCCCACCCCCCUUUCUCUCCCCCCCCCCUUUAUUUUUGGCAACGUUUUGAGACAUCUCAUAUUUUGCCAUUGAAGUUCUGUCUGGUCAUCAUCUGUUUGGUCUUGCAGUACCUGGAACUUCUUUCUCAAGGUAGCAAUGAAUUCCUGUCGUUUCCACUCGUCUGCCAGAUCUGCUAUGUUAUAUUGGCUCUUCCCAGUUUUUAUUCAGUUUUAACUCACCAAAACGUGAUGAUGAUGAGAUGCGAAAUCAGCUCCUCUUUUAGCUCGCACAUCUUGUAAAGACUUGUUGAGUUUUUUGCUAAUGCAUAUGGGAACAAUGAGGUUUUCUGAUCUGUUAUGAGGGGACACCAAAGUGUAUACCCUGUCGAUUUUGUUAUUCUGGAAUACGCUGCCCCAAAAUGACGAGUUCAUUUGCCACAUAGAAGUAUGCCAGUCUUUCACCGCUUUCUUUUCUCUCUCCUAUACCUUGGCGCCCCAUAUUUUUUGUUGUUGUAAUUCUCUAUUUUCUUUCCAAAACUUAGCAUUUACAACUCCCAUUGAGGUCUCUACCUUGAAAUUUGUUUAGUAAAGCUUGUAUUCUAUUGUAGGACGUUUCUUUUUCAUCUUCCUUACUAUCUUUCUGGUGGAUGCAUAGCACUGUUCUACAUUCAUAAUUAAAUUAUUUUCUUCUUUUUGGUUCGGAAAGUUGCUGUAAUAAUUCUUGGACCAUGGGCUUCCCAUCCUAUUAAUGUCCAUUGUGCAAUUAAUUUCACGAAAGCGACUCCUUGUGAGUGGGAAGCAUUUUCCUCCUCAUGCCCGGAGUAUAUUAGUGUUACUCCCGAGGCCAACGUUAAAUCUCCAGCUUCUGUCCGUCUUGUUUCUCAGAUGCCGAGAAGUGUGAGUUUGUUUGAUCUCAUAUCUGCCGCCACUUGUGCUGAUUUCCUUGUUUCAUGCCUAGUUCUAACAUUCCACGGGCCUAGGUUUAUUGAUUUAUUGCCUUUGAAAGACUUCCAGUAUAGCAUGGGUUUUGCCGCAAGGCUUCAUAACUUUUCAGGGCUGAAAAUAGUUAGUUUUUUUUGUGUGUGUGUGUUCUUCUUCUUGACGUUUCUGUAGCACUUUGGUGUUCUUUUUUCGGGUGAGGUAGUUGGCCUCGUGCUUGGGACCAGGCCAUGGCGGCGUUAUAAUUAGGCAAGAUAUAUCUUUCUAUCUUUUUCUUGAAUUUAUUUUUUUCAGAUUGUUGCCAUAGCAACGCCCGGCUGGCUCUCCACACCCAAUGUCCUCGUUGGACUCUUCAUGUAUUGCGGUUCUUUCACAAGCCAGUCCAGUACAAAAUCAUUGCAUGACUGCCGUAGCAUCCUACCGAAGGAAAGUCCUG